UAUUCCCCAACCUAAUACAUUGUUUUAGAACAAUGACAACAUUGGCUUUGCUCGAACUUCGUGCGACAUUGAUUUUUAUGCAACGUAAAUAUUGUCUGCAUUAAUUGCGAGGUACAUUUCUUUCUUCGUUUAAUUACUUUAUCAAGCAGAAUGUGAUGCGACGGUGUCUUCAAAUUCUUUCAAUGUUGAUCAGUUCAGUAUUUGAUCUAAUUGUUAAUUAUGACAUACGCACGGAUCGAAAACGUUUGGAAUUUGUAUAAUUUCGGUAACCGUAAAAAUAGGCCGUAAUUAGACAUUUUGACUGGUUUGGUAUAGUUCCAAUGGUAAUACCAUAGAAAGCUUUACAUAAUUCGACUUCCGACUACGAGGUGGCUACCGACAGAAACAACCGUUAAACUUUCAGCAGUUGGAAAAGGACUGGCUGCCGAAUGUGGCCACUGAUAAACAUGCACGUUAUUACGUAAACGUGAAUGCGAGUGUUCCGGAUGAAAUUGGGCAAUGCACGGUUUGCGUGAGCAACGUUAGGUAACGCCUGUUCCAAACGUCUCUAAUUCCGGGAUCCUCGACGUUCGUUCGCUUCGGAAUGAAUAUCGACGAUCGGGACGCCACAUAGACUCUCGACGUUCGAACGCUAAACGAAUCCCACGUGAUCAAUUCCUCAGCGAAAUAAGCAUGUAUUUCCGAUGGACGAAACGAAUGACGCGCGACAACGAGACGGAUGGCAAGAACUACGAACAUCUUUCUCUGAACCGUCUUCGCGUCGACCCGGAACGCGGGAUUUUAUCGCCUAUCUCUGCGCAUCACUUCAAUGUCACCGUCGAAUGCAAAGGCUUACCGCCGAAACUUUAUUCCGCUGUUCUGAAGCUAAUCGUUGAGGACAUACCGCUGGCAGCCAUCUCGCCGGAACUGCAGCUGCACGUCGAGACCUGCACUAACAGACGACGCAAAGCUACCAGCUCCGUAGAUGUUUGGGUCGCUGCCGUAGAAGUCCGGCUGCAAUAUUCCACCGUCGACGAAAUAAAAACUGUUGCUAAAUCUGGCGAAACGAGUAGCAGUGUUACAGUGUCCACUUCGAGCUAUGAAUAUUGUCGAUGCGACGGAGAUGAUAUCGAAGAAAUAGCCGAAGGGAUUACCUGUGAUCUAUGCCCGUGUAAAUUAACGAUGGAAGAAAUGUUUUCUCAUUACGAUAUGUUCGAUUUAAAACAGUUUGAACCCUACCUAUGGAAGCGCAUAAUCAGCGUUGGGAUAAUCAGGCCGACGAGGGCUCUCUACAUCGGCGUCGAGCAAACGUAUCUAUUGUCCGUGAAGAAUCUCUCCGAUAAAUCUAUGACGUUUUCAUGGGGUGAUGCGGAAGGUCUUGACGUGGACAAGUUGAAACUUUGCGUAUGCCCGCAAAAUGGCACAGUGGCCGCUAAGGACACGGAAGAAGUGAAAAUAACUGUGGUACCAGUGCAAGAGGGAAUCGUACAAUUUUUACGUGUACCCUGUUUCGUCGACGGCACGCAAAAAAUUAUAAUGUUGACGAUCGAGUGCGCCAUCGAACCGCUAUGCGUCACAUUUUAUCUCCCCCAAAAUGAUUCGGACGUUUUCAAGUGGAAAACAAAUUUCACACGAGUCGAAUGGCGCGUGGAAAAUUUAUACAUGGCUUCUUGUAUGGAGGAGAAGUCCAAAGGAGCCAUGAAUCUCUUGGACAAGUACAAGAUCCGAGCGGAGCGGAAAUUAACGAACAUGAAUCUGGAUCAAGGAGACUUUCUUAAAGAUGUUUCUGCGAAUACUUCGGCGACUGACCUGGACGCGGCGGGACUGGAGGUGGAAUAUUUUCCGAGCACGCGUACUUCAGAAACCGUUAAAAUGGAUAAUUUUUCGACGGGAGAAGGGAGUUACGGAGAGGAUAUCACGGCGUGCUAUGACAUGGUACCAUUUAGUGAAACAAUCUUGCCAUCGCCGACGCAACCAGUAGUAAUCGAAUUUCUGAAUUUACCGCUUAAAAGGGUGCAAAAGAAGACGUUCAUAAUCAAAAAUGAAACUGCAAUUCCGACGGAUUUUUCGGUCUCCGUGAAGAAUUUUCACCCCGUUCAGUGUAGUUGCGAGGAGCAGAUAAUAGAAAAUCGUGUAAAUUUCAUGUUCAAGCAAGCAUUUGGGCAAACUAGGAACACAAUCGGGGAAAUGUUAAACCGAGUGAAGCAACCGGAUUCAGGUGUUGUAAUUUAUUUAGAUCCUUUAAGUUCCGAUCUUGAUCCGUUCGUAGCCGUUCCUGUAGAUAUAUACGUCUUAGCUGACACAUGGGGCAUAUACGUCGACGAAUUAGAAAUUAGUAUUACCGGUUUGCCCCGAUACACACUAGCGAUCUACAUUGAAGUUGUGGAACCGCCGAUAUCAUUGUCAAUCACGCGAAGCACUCGAACCGCGGUACCCGUUCUCAAUUACGGAUUAGAGCCAGUCGGGAGCCGUCUACACACCAGGAGAGUGUUGAUAAGUAAUACAAGCAGUGUACCUUUAGUAAUCGACUGGCACGUGUUUUUGAUAAAGCCGGUUACGACUGAAAAGAUCCCCCCUAUCAAUGUCGUUUACGAUAUUUGCACCCCUUUUACUGAUGAUUUAUCGAAGGAAUUGAAAAUCUGCAAAUUGUUGAGACACAGGGAAGUAUUUAUGAAAAGACGUGUGACCAUUGAUAAAAAUGCGGUUGUUCCAAGCACUCAUGGUAUACUCUACAAGCCUACUAUAAUGAAUGACACUCUUGUAGGAUUGUUAAAAGACAAUUCAGACAUCUCUGAUAAAGAAAAAGACAUCUGUGAUCAACUAAGAGAGUCCUCGAUUGUCUCAACUAAGACAAUGCGUGAUAAAACUCCAGAAAAGGUUGAACAGUUGCAUAUGAAUGCAGUCAAAAGAAUUCUGAAAUACUUGUGUAGUCAAGAUAACGCGACGUCAGAUACAGAGCGAAGUGAUGCAGACUACGAAGAAGACGUUGAAUUUAGGAUUUCAGUAUUGCCUUAUUAUGGUGAAGUUAAUGAUAAUGUUUGCACUGUUGAACCUAGAGAAAUGUUCAUGAUACCAAAACACAAUGAUACAAUCGAUAUCAAUAUUUAUCCAGAUAAAUGUGUGUCGCAUGGUCAUUUUGAAGGAGAAUUUGUCUGCAAGGUUUUGGGUUUGAUACGAAUAGCUCCAAUCGAUAAAUAUCAAGAUAAUCAGUAUUACAGAUCGGAUGGACCAUACUUGUCUCCUGUAGAAUUUGAUGUUGCUACAACUGCUUUUAAACCACGGUUGAUUUUCGAUAUUUCCAAGACCGAUAGAACAUUUACGUGUUGCAUCAAUAACGUGAUACAAUCAAGAUCAAAACAAUUGGAAAUAACCAAAACAUACUUCUUCUACAAUAAUCAGGAUGCUCUAACAAAUGUUGUUAUGGAAACAUAUUACCCAUUUCAUAUCAAAUCUACUUCUGUAUACUCUGUUACAAAUCCACCCACACCAUUGUCUGGUGUUAGUAUAAGUGGACAUGGAUGUGCACAGGUAGAAAUUGCUUGCAAUGUGGAUGAAGAAUUAAUUAAUACUAUAUUGCACACAGACAAAGUGCAAGAGUUUCGUAAUUCAGUAAUAACAUUAAAGGAACCAUUGCACAUUCUAUACCCGGAUAACACCAAUCAGGAAGUGGAAUUAUGUUUACAAAUAUCGAUACCUUCAUUAAAAUUAUCAACAUACAUGUUAGAUUUUGGUACUGUCUAUAUAAGUGAAACCAAAAAAUUAACAUUGAUUCUAGAAAAUUUAUCAAGUACAGUUAUAGUCAAUGAGUUAUUAUAUGAAUUCUUUCCAACGAUAACAUAUUUCUUUAUUUAAAUAUAAUAUAGAGGCUGCUUUUCAUUUUAAAGUGAAAGGUAAACAUAAGAAUGCUAACUUCGCUGUUGAUAAAGAACAAGGAAAAUUUUUAAGCAACCGCAGUGGUAGCAGAUACUUUACCCUUACAAUUUUCUUCGAACCAAAGUAACUCGAUGGAUAAUGUUGUUAAAUUAAAUUAAUAUUGCUUAUAAUACAUAACUAUGUUACUAAAUAUAGAAAACCUGGACAGACCACUGAAAUAUUAGAGAUAAUAACUGACUUUCCAUAUAAUGUGGAAGAGUGUGAACUUUUAGGAGAAGGAACAUUAGAUGAAAAAUUUCAUAAACCAGGUGUAUAAAUAAAAAGUAACUAUACAACAUUAAAAUACAUUUUUACUAUUAUGGUUAUGUUUAUCCAUGUCUACACGCAAAACAAUAAAAAUAAACUUAUAUUAAAUUC